CGCCUUCCUCUCAGUUUUUGGAUAUUUAGUGAAAAACAAACAAUGGCUGCAGAAGACCUCUAUUUUAUGCAUCAUGGACUUAUGUUACCGAAAGAGACCCACUGCCAAGAAAGUCUGGCGUUUGCACAAGACUUCUCGUUUGAAGACAAUGACGCCAUUUCUGUCACGUACCCGAAGUCAGGUACAGUCUGGAUGCAAGAGAUCCUCCCGCUGGUGCUGAAUGAGGGGGACCUGACACCCAUCCUAACCGUCCCCAACUGGGACAGAGUUCCCUGGCUGGAGGAGAAGAGGUUACAAGAAGUGGUGGAUCAGCUGCCCUCCCCAAGAGGGCUGGUCACACAUUUUCCUUACCAGUUCAUGCCACCUUCCUUCAAAACUUCCAGUGCCAAGGUGAUCUACGUCAUGAGGAACCCCAAGGAUAUCAUUGUGUCGUCAUAUUACUUCCAUCAGAUGGCGACUUUCCUUGAGGACCCUGGAACUUUGGACGAGUUUAUUGACAAAUUCCUGCAAGGCAGAGUGUUUUUUGGCAAAUGGACAAACCACUUGAAGAGCUGGAAGCGUGCAGAGUUAGGAGACCGAAUCCUUUUCAUUACAUAUGAGGAAAUGGUUCAGGAUCUUCCUUCAGCUCUACGUAGGAUUGCUGAUUUCCUGGGCAAGAACCUGAGUAGCGAAGUCAUCCAGAAAAUAGCGGAUAAUUGUUCCUUCAAGUCCAUGCAGGCCAACAUCAUGUCCAACUUCAGUUUGAUCUCCAAGGACUACAUGGAUCCUGACAAGUCUCCGUUCUUUAGGAAAGGUGUUGCCGGGGACUGGAAAAAACAUUUUAGUGCAGAACAAGUGGCCCGCAUCUCCUCCACCAUUUACAAGGAGCUGGAGGGAGAGAACUUCACUUUGCCCUGGACCCUGGACGGAGCAGCAGACAAGGGAAUAUAAGAUAAAAUGUCAGCACUGGAAAUUUAGUGGGCCAAAAAUCUUCAAUAUUAGCACAAUGACUUUUAAUGAGUUUCUGGUCAUUUUUGUGCUCCUCUCUUCCUGGCGUCCUUAUUAUGUUCACCUGUGUCUGCCCCACCCAAUGUUUUUCACCAAGUAGUUCUCCCCUUCCGGACAGCACACGCCCAGGCAUGCUUUGCCAUGUUCCUAGUGGGUGUGUUUGGAGUGAGUGAUGCUGCAAAUUUAGCUACUGGCCCAAUACCAAGUAAAUACAGGGCCCAUAUUGCCGAUACUGAUACUUUUGUAACUGAAAUAUUUCAAAAUAUCAGAACUUUUUUUUUUUAGUUUGCCUUUGAUAAGGUGAUUAUAAUUUUGCAAGCAGUGAACAGUACUGUGUGCAUACACACCUAUCCUCUGAGUUUAUGAACAUAACAUUAUAAAACAAUAACAAUGUAAUAUAAACACAACAAAAUAGAAAAUAAUUAUGAAAAAUAUCAAUCUUUUCAUACAAGAAUAGCUCUAAUACUAAUACUACUCCUAUUAUCUUUAUUGAUUAUUUAGAUCUAGAUAGAUCUAAUCUUUAUGGGCUUAGUGCUCCUACUGCUAUUUGUUUGCAUUUCUACCCGCGUGUGUUUGCACUGUUUUUACUUUUCUGUGAUUUAUAGUUUAUUACCCACUACUUACUACACCACUGGUUGUAAAAACUACAGCACUUGAUCUUGAAUAAGACACUUGCACUAACAUUUGGACAUGUUUUGUUCUUCAUGUAGAAUCAUUGACUGUUACGAUUCACUUAACAUAUGACUUGCUGGGAUAGGUUCCAGCAUACCUGUGACCCUGAACAAGAUAAGCGUUAGAAAAAUAAAACCGUUUAAAA